AUGGAACUCAUGAUCUGGCUGAUCCUGUUGAGCACGCUUGGAUCCUCUACAGCAUCACUCAACGCACACAAAGCUGGGGUCUUGGUUGCAUUGAAAAGGAGCCUCCUGGGACUGGGAAACACCUCAGACUGGACUGUGGAAAACUCCGAUCGAGCAUGCACCGACUGGAAGGGAGUGAUUUGCAACAGUGACGAUUCAGAGGUGGUGGAGCUUCAUCUGGCAGGAAAUGGAUUCACAGGUGAGAUCUCGUCGGUGGCACUCGGGCAGCUGGCGAGUUUGCGAGUCUUGGACGUGAGCAAAAACCUGCUGGUCGGAUCUCUUCCUGCGGAGCUCGGGCUGCUGCAAAGCCUGCAAGCUUUGGACGUCUCGGGUAACAGACUGACUGGGAGCUUACCUCGGGAUCUCGGCAAUUGUAGCGCUCUUCGUUUUCUCAACGCCCAGCAAAACCAGCUUCAAGGUCCGAUACCGCCCCAGCUGGGAGCGCUCCAGAGGUUGGAGAUACUCGUCCACAACAACCGCUUGUCAGGUUCUCUUCCUCCGUCCCUUGCGAACUGCUCGAAGCUCCAGGAGAUUUGGCUGACGAGCAAUGAUGUUGAAGGGGAGAUUCCGCAGGAAGUCGGGGCUAUGCAGGAGCUGCGAGUAUUCUUCGUGGAGAGAAACCGGCUGGAAGGGCUCAUUCCACCAGUUUUUGCAAACUGCUCGUCUCUCGAGCUCUUGGCGCUCGGGGAGAAUUCUCUGGGCGGGAGGAUACCAGAUGAGCUUGGACGGCUCGAAAACUUGGUGGCACUGUCGCUGCAUAGCGUGCAGCGGCUGGAGGGGCCAAUUCCUCCUGAGAUCAGCAACAACAGCAAGCUCGAGUGGUUUGAUAUCAACGGAAACUCGCUCAUGCAUGGCUCGAUUCCAGUGUCGCUGCUUCAGCUCCCGCGCUUGGCCACCUUGCAACUCUCUUAUUUCAACAACACCUCCGACCGUCCGGUCCCGGAACAGCUCUGGAACAUGACUCAGCUCGAGUUUCUGGGAAUCGGGAGGACAAACAGCCGAGGGAUCCUGUCAUCGAUCGUCGGAAACUUGACAAGGCUUCGGUCGCUGAGACUCAACGGGAACCGCUUUGAAGGAAGCGUUCCGGACGAGCUGUCCAAGUGUACCAGGAUGGAGAUGCUGAUCCUCUCCAACAACAGACUCCUGGGAGGCGUUACUCGAUCGCUUGGCACGCUUCAGCGUCUCAGAGUUUUGAUGCUCGGUGGAAACCAGCUCUCCGGAGCAAUACCAGAGGAGCUCGGGAACUGCACCAACCUGGAAGAGCUGGUCCUCGAGAGGAACUUCUUCCGUGGAGCAAUACCAGAGUCCAUCGCCAGGAUGGCAAAGCUUCGGAGUUUGCUCCUCUACGGAAACCAGCUCUCCGGAGUGAUUCCAGCUCCAGCUUCGCCAGAGAUAAUCGACAUGAGGCUGCACGGCAACAGCUUAUCAGGCUCCAUCCCUCCCUCCGUUGGCAACCUUUCCAAACUUUCCAUACUCUAUCUCUCCAACAACAAGCUGGACGGCUCCAUCCCGGCGACUCUCGGACAGCUUCGACGAUUGACACGGGUGGACUUCUCCGAGAACCAGCUCACGGGUGGUAUUCCUGGCAGCCUCGCAAGCUGUGACACCUUGCAGCUACUGGAUCUAUCCUCCAACCUCCUGAGUGGAGAGAUUCCGGCGUCCAUCGGUGAAUGGACCGGCUUCGACUUGUCGGCGAACCAGCUCACCGGUGAGAUUCCCACAAGCUUGGGAAAGCUGGCUGGAGUCCGGGAGCUCAACUUGUCACACAACUGGCUGUCUGGAGGCAUUCCAUGGACUCUGGGAGAGAUGACGUCCAUGGCAGUGCUGGAUCUCUCUUUCAACCGGAUCAACGGGACGAUACCAGGGGGACUGGCGAGGCUUCACUUGCUCAAGGAUCUGAGGGUCGUGUUUAAUGACUUGGAAGGCAGGAUUCCAGAGACUCUGGAGUUUGGCGCGUCGAGCUACGAGGGAAAUCCAGGACUGUGCGGGGAGCCUCUCUCCCGGCCGUGCGAAGGAGAUGGCCUCGUGGACGUGGGCGAUGGUGUAACUUGGUGGAAGGAGAACGUCUCCAAUGGGGCGUUUGUAGUGGGAUUUCUUGGUGGGUUCUUCACUUUUUUGAUUGAAUAUGAGGUGCUUCGAGGCUCUGUUUUUGAGGAGCUUUCUGUUGCUUACGUACUGCUUGGAGCUAUGCCUAACAGCAUGCUGAAACUUUUUCAAUGGAACUUGAAAGCCCGAAUGAACCAGUUGCCUUGGCAAAUGAUCCAGCUGACCCAGAAGCAGCUCGGUAUAUUACACAGCAGCAGCAUGCAGAUUGCAGUAUGUUGUUAUGAGAAAUUCGAGCUGGAUGGGCUUGGAUCAUUUGCCAUGGCAAUUGGUUCAUCGGGCUUUCAAGUUCUAAAGCAUCUGUUGGCAGCCCAGGCGGGACAGGCUCAGCAGACAAUGCAAGCUGUACAUCUCUGUGCUCUUCUUUCUGCCUCGACACAGCAAGGAAUGUGUGUGUUCUUACUGGAAUUCCACCAUGCUGAGCGGCUGCAUUCCCUUUUCCAGCGAAAGGAGCACAAAUCGUCUGAGCAGGAUUUUGGCAACGAGCAGCUGCAAUGGUGUGGCCAGAGGCAUCGACAGGGAAGCAGCGGCCAGGGAUUUGCUGGAAUGGAUGGCAAGCAAGGGUGUGGCAGAGCCUGGAGGGGAUUUGCUUUCAUCACGUACAAAAGUGUUGAGGCCCCAAGGAAAGCCAUCGAUGAUCCCAACAAGACAAUAGGG